AUGGAAGAGGAGGACGACCUGAUACAGAUGGCGGAGGAUGACUUAUGGAUGAAUGCUAUCACAUUUGAUCCAUUUGACCUCGUUGGACUCGCCCCAACCGCACACUUGACGUGGGACCUCUACGAGAAACGGCUAAAGGAACUGUCGCGGACACUCCACCCAGACAAGAUAAGCCUGUUCUAUUGCAAGAAUGAUAGAGUUAUUCUCGGUAGGCCACCAUGGCCGCGGCAACACCACGUCAAUCUUCUCCGAGGUUACAUGUCCAAUCUUUCCGAAGAAGCACGAGGAGUUAGCUUCACGAGAAUGAAGUACUUCUGGCGUCAAUAUAGCGUAUCAACCUGGAAUGCGGGCGCGUUGAUUGCUCAUGAACCUGUCGCAAUUGUCCUUCAACCCGAUCCCCAAUAUUACCCUCAAGCUCUUCGGCCCAGAAAUCAUGUCCCUGGCUGGCGCAGCCCUACGCAGAAAGAGAUCGAUGAUGGUAUGGUAGAUGAUUCGGGUGCAUGGAAGAAUGAGAGUGGAAGAAAAUUGUUCCCAGAUCUCAAGGCAUACUCUCCGUACAAUAAUCCGCGACACACCCGUGAAUAUUCUGAAGGACAUGCCUCAUCAAUGAGGGCGACCGCGGGUCCAUCUGCAGUGCAUGACUCUCAUCACCCCACGGACUCUGGUGACACGGCGAACCUGCAUCCCGGAAUGAGCCACAGGUCCUCUGACAAUGGAGCACCAGGACUUUAUGACAAUAGCCAUCAAGGCAGGCGAGGCGAAUCCGCCCAACGUCCCAUCCUCUUGGGACCACGCCGCCGCAGUUGGCAUCCUCGCAUGGGCACUCUCCCUGAACAGCCAACUUCACUUGCACGGUUCAGACCGAGAAUCAUCCGAAGAGAGGAAUCCAUGACCAAUCGUAUCUAUCAGGAUGAGACAGGAUUCUUCAACCAAGUUCUGCAUCCAUUCGAGUAUCGAGAUGCUAAGAUCAACAAUGUGCGGGUCAAACUGGCGGACAUCUUUGUAGGCACGGUGCCAGCAGCGACCGGACCGCCAGCAGCUGUCUACGCAUCAUGGACCGGCAAAGGUUUCAGAUUCCGGGUGCUUGGACGCAGUCCCAGCGGCAACCAGGUGGCACUGCUGAAAACGGCCUCAGGUCGGCGAGAGCGUGCGGUACCGUUCGAAGAGAUCAACCUCGAAGGUGGUUGGGUUGGUGCUACCGAAGACUGGAUUCGCUUUCGAACCUGGGAAUUGCAGCCGCGAGCGACCCAAAAAUUGUUGCAAAUUACCUGA